UUUUGGCCAACUCUGUUAUAUUUUUACUCGUAUUUAUAUUAAAUGCAAUAACAUAAUUUACACGACACGAUCAAGUUCGCUCUAAAUUUGAGGAGAGCACAGAAAAAGAAGGCGUUUUAGUCGUUUUUCGUACAAAAAAUUUCGGGGAGAAAAAAACUGAACAAAAAUAAUCUUGUUGCGCCACAAAUAGUUUUUUUUUUUAUUAUUAAUUCAUUUUAUAAUGGACACUGCCAAGGCAACAACGACGGAGGCAAGCAAAAUGCUAGAAGAGGCUCUGCUCCAAAUGGAUGGCAUAAUAAAUCAGAGCGGUCAGGGUGCUGGCGGCGGACGAGGAGGUAUUGUUGGUGGCGAUCAAACAUCUGCAGCUAGCAGCCCAAACCCAAACGGAAGUUGUAAUAUUUUAAAUGAGCGUAGUGUCAUAUCAAACGCAAAUGUUCUGUCAACAGCAAAAACUUUAGCCUUGGCACUGCAACAGGUUGGCUUAGCCGCCCCUACUCCCGAUCCUGUAACGGCCGUUAUUAUUGGCGAAUGGCUUGAUCCCCAUAUUCCCCGCCCCAGCGACGAUGAACGCGUUAGACGUGUAUUACGCGACAAAGAAUCUUUAGCUUUACAAUACCAAAUGGUAGCAGAUAAGGUGUGCGAACAGGCUGAUCGCAUCGUUGAACUCGAAGGAUUACUAGCGGAGAAAACACAACAAUUGAGUGCCAAAGAUGAGCUGCUACAACGCCAGCUGUGUACACGUUCUGAGUUGGAAACGCAAAAGCUUGAACUUAUGUCAGCGCUAAGUGAAUUGAAAUUGCACAGAGCUGCCUUGGAACGGGAAAAUAUGGAAUUGAAAAAUUUUGAAAAUCUAACAAUUUCUCAGGAGCCCCUCAGAAGAGUUGCUGCCCCUUUUGGCAGCAUGGGAAAUUUAAAUCAAGCUACACAGUCGCCCAAAACACCACCAUCCUCAUUGCGUCAUCAAAUACAUCCGCUUUAUCACAGCUUACCCAGAUCACAAUGCCAUAAGAACAAUAACAGACCAAAAUUGCCCAUAAAUCCGAAUCAUCUGAGCAAUAACAACAACAACAACAAUAGCACUAUUACCAACAAUAACAGCAAUAAAUCAUGUGACAAUAAUAGGCAACGCAAUGUUGCCUUUGCCUCGAAUGAAAAAAUACUCAUUGAUGAUGAUUGUGGUCGUGGCGGUGGUAGUGGUCAGGACGGAAUGUAUGACAGUUUCAUGUCGCAAUCGAAUUCGAACUCAACUCCAUCGCCCACAUUGAAGGAACGUUCGGCGAAAGGAUUCCGCCAAAUACUUGGCAAACUAAGGCGAAGCAAUAGCGGAAAUCUGGAACUGCCUGCAUUGGAGCAAGCGGAGCCAGAAUUCCGUAGGGGGGACCGAGCUAGGGCAACAGCUGGCGGACGAAUUGAGUGGUCCACCCAGACGCCGCAGGGCUCCAUGAAUUCCAAUAGGAACUGGAAGGAAUGGACUUUGCAAGACCUUUGUAAUUGGCUAAACGAGAUUGGCUUGCAAUGCUAUGAAGACGAAUGCAGAAAAUGGCUUAAAAAUUAUCCAGUGUCUUGCUUUUUCAAUGCAUCUCCUGUGGAUAUUGAAAAGGAGUUGGGCUUAAAAUCCCCAUUACACCGCAAAAAGAUUGUGCUGGCCAUGGAUGAACUAUGUGGUAGAGAAGAAGAUCCACUAGCCUUGAAAGCCGCUCAGUUGGAUAUUGGGUGGGUAGUACGCUGGCUGGACGACAUUGGUCUGCCGCAGUAUAAAGACAACUUCUUGCAAUGCAAAGUGGAUGGGCGAAUGUUACAUCGUUUGACCAUGGAAGACUUGGCGCAAUUGCAAGUAACAUCAUGUCUACAUAUUGCAUCUCUACGAAGAGGUAUACAGUGCAUGCGUGAAAUGGAUUGGAAUCCCGAAUGUCUAAUAAGACGUUCGACAAAGGUGCCGAAGCGUAACAGUUCCGAAUUGCAGGAAGAACAAUCGGAAGAAAUCGUCGAUACGAGUCUGGAGUAUAUAGCUUUGUGGACAGCACAUCGCGUUAUGGAAUGGUUGCGUGUAGCCGAUUUAUCGGAAUAUGCUCCUAACUUGAGAGGCGCUGGUGUACAUGGUGCUCUAAUGUUGUACGAACCCAGAUUUAAUGCCGAGUUACUGGCCGAUCUAUUAAGUAUACCACCGAGUAAGACGCUGUUACGUCGUCAUUUGGCAACACAUUUCAAGGAGCUCUUGGGACGCGAUGUAAUCCAAGGUAAGCGAGACACUGAGGCCCAACCCAAUUACCAACCGUUGACCAUAACGGCCAAACUUAAGCCACCCAAAAAGACCCAGUUCUCUUUGAAACGAAGAAAAUCUACAAAGGGUCUGACAUGUGGUGGCACUGAAAUCGAAUGGACCGACUAUGUGUGUCCCAUGAAUAGUGGGUGCACAUCGAACGAACCACAGCACCAUAACAACUCAAACACAUCAUCAUCUUCAACAAAUUCGACCAGCAAUUCAACGCAAUUGCAGUAAAGUGUAUCUAUCCUAACAUAUCGAGGAUAUAAUGUAUUUUAAUCAUCCUAUAUUAUUUCUACUUGUACUCAUCUUCCUUACUAACUUUGAAUUCACACACACACACACACGCUUCAAUUGCAUUUCAAUUGUCACUCACACUCACUCGCUCACUCGCUCAGUAUCCCCCUACAUAAGAACCAAUGUGUGUCUUCCAAAAAUGCGUCAACAAAACAAAGUUUUGUCUCGUGUUUUUGCUCAAACGAAAACCAAAACUAAAAGUAAAACGAUAGUAUUCCCAAGCAUUAAAAAUAUUUUUUUUAUAUAGUUAAAUGUGUAGUCAGUCGACAAGGCAUUCGGAAGCUAUGACAUUUUUGUUUAUUUUGUGUGUUUGAAAAGAAAAUAGCCAUAGAAAUAUAAAAAUGUCCGCAAAUACCGCCAGAGUAUUUAAAACAAAGAAAAGAAAAACAAUACCACCCACCAUUGAUUGAUUGAUUUUAAUUCUUAAACACAGUUUGUAUUUAUUUGUUCACCCAAUAUUUGCAUUUAAGUUUGAAUCGUAAGAUUUAAAAGAGAAGAUUCUUAUAUAUUAGUUAGGACCACCUACCUGCAAACGUUCGAACCCUAAAACUAACAAUAAUACCAAUUAUAUGACAACCCUGAAAUGAAUAUGUUUUAUUUUUAAGAGUUUAUAGUUUAUUUUAAAUUCCUGUUUUGAACAAUAACAUAACUUAUUUAACGUACAAAAUCAACAAUUUAACACUAAUGCUGUAGCAUAAAAUUGUCUUUAGCGUUUGGUUUUAUUUGUUUGAAAAAUAUAUAUGUAUACAUAUUUAUACGGCAUUAGUACGUAGUACGUAUGUAUAUCCGAAUGCAAUGCAGAUGGAAAAAUGGAAAACAAUAAAUAAAAAUUUGUUAAUCAAAAUUGUAAUACAAUAAAACAAAAGAAGAAAAUUAUAUAAAAGAAACAAUAAACAAUAUAACCUUAACACUUAAA